UUUAUCGGUGUUGAAGCUGACUCUGCCGAGCCAUGGCCUUCUUCGGUCUGACACACCUCGGAUAUCAAAACCCAAUAGGCGACAAAAUGACAGUGAAUCGCGGAAAAGCGUCUCAUCCUCCGGAUGGUGGGAUGAGCAUUAAAGCAGAACCAUCUACUCAAGAACAACAGGGACCCCUCAGAUGCACAGACACAUGCGUUAACCACCAGCCUCAUGCCUACAGCACUGACAUCCACCAAAGGAGCCAUGAGCGGUACAGAGAGAUGGUCAAAAAGUGCAAAACACCCAGAGCCCCUGACCAGCUGUACAUAAUGCCUCUAACUGACAACCAGCAGUAUGGAUGGAUGAUGUCCAGGACUCCUGAACCAUGGACCCAAGUGAAACGGUUUCCCCGAAAAAACAGUGAGAUGACAAAGUUUGUUAAAGAAAUGUCUGCGACGGACCCCGAGUUCAGCCUGUUCUGACCGCCUUUCUGCUUCAGUUCAAACACACAG